AUGACUGAACACGAGAACAAGAGAGAGGACAAAGAAUCACGGAAUGCAGAGGAGCAGCAAUAUCUAAACUUAUGCCAAAGAAUAAUUGACGAAGGUGACUUCAGACCAGACAGAACAGGUACCGGCACAUACAGUCUUUUCGCACCACCACAGCUGCGAUUUGACUUGGGCCAAGAUUCUUUUCCACUCUUAACUACCAAGAGGGUGUUCACCAAAGGUAUAAUCUUAGAGUUACUGUGGUUUAUUUCAGGUUGCACUGAUGGUAAGAAACUCUCAGAGCAAGGUGUCAAAAUAUGGGAGGGGAAUGGGUCUAGAGAGUACUUAGAUAAGUUGGGACUGACAGAUAGACGUGAAGGUGAUUUGGGCCCAGUUUACGGGUUUCAAUGGAGGCAUUUUGGCGCAGCUUACAGGACUUGUGAUGACAACUACUCGGGCCAAGGAUUUGAUCAACUGCGCGAUAUAAUCCAUAGAAUCAAGACAAAUCCUACUGAUCGCAGAAUUAUAAUGAGCGCUUGGAAUCCCCCCGACUUCGCAAAAAUGGCGUUGCCGCCAUGUCACGUAUUUUCACAGUUUUAUGUUACUCUACCCAAGAAAGAGGGUGAGAGAUCUAAGCUUUCAUGCCUUUUGUACCAGAGAUCUUGCGACAUGGGAUUAGGAGUUCCUUUUAACAUCGCUUCUUAUGCUCUUUUAACCAAAUUAAUCGCCCACGUCUGCGAUAUGGAGCCAGGUGAAUUUAUUCACACACUGGGGGAUGCGCAUGUCUAUAAGGAUCAUAUCACCGCUCUACAAGAGCAGAUACAAAGGACCCCUAGACAAUUUCCAAAAUUGAAGAUCAAGAGAAAAGUAACAGAUAUCGACGAUUUCAAGUACGAGGAUUUUGAAAUAACAGACUAUAAUCCACACGGAAAGAUACACAUGAAAAUGAGCGUCUAA